AUGUCCUGUCUUGUUAGAUCUGUGGCCAUUGCUAUAUUGUUGUAAAAUAUUUUUGAAAAUUUUAAGUAUUUAAGUUAGCCAAUAUGAAAUCCAUCUCUAUAAAUUGGUCGCUUCGCGCUAAGACUUGCCAGUCUGUCUUCGGACGUCAAAGAGAAAGGAGGGUGUACGCCUAUGCUCUUACCGUAGCGCCAUCUAUACAAAAACGGCUGAAACUACUCGACAACUUACCGACCGAUUUUCCGAAACCGGGGAAGAUUAGCGCCGCCUAUCGGAUAGCAGCGUAAGCUAUUUGUCAGAUAGCUUCUGCUGGAUGGCGCUAGUGUUCCUCGUUUUGGAACAUGAGUUGGUUAGGAUCAGUGACUUCGGAGCCUUCUCAAAUUGUGCGGUGAAAGUCUAUUACAUGGCUUCACUUAUAGAUUUAACGAAAGUGGCUGCAGUUAUAGGUGUGGUUGCUGGAAGUUUUGGUAUUUUUUUUACAAAGAAUUAUGAAUCAAAAAUUCGUAACUCAAUAACAUAUAAAAGGGCAUUAGAAAAAGUUUAUAAUCAUGAAAAGACAAUUGAACAUUUGGGAAAACCAGUAAAAGAAGGAAGAAUAACAAUUGGUAAUAGCAAAGAUAAUGAGAAUACCAGAAAUUUUACUGUUAACUUGAAAGGAUCAAAUACCAAAGCAAAAUUAAAUUGCGAAUUUAUUAUUAAAGAACCAAAUAAAACAACUGAAUUAACAAAAUUAGAAAUUAAAUUUAAUAAUCUUCCCAACAAAAUGUUUGUAAUUCAUGAAAUUUAAUUAAUAUCACAAUGAAAUAUAUUGUGGCUUUCUGUUUCUCUCUUAUGUUUUUAUGGUACUGUUUAAAGGUAUACAAAAGUUUAAUAUUAUAUAAACUUCAGAAAAGAACAGACAUGAUGACUUAAUGAUAUUUAAUGUAGCCAUAGAUUACAAAUAAAAGAGAUUAAUUCAUCUAAA